UCAGCGCUGGCAUUAUGUAAAUGGGGUACAUUCCGCACGGUCCUGCGCCUUGCAGUCAGACCAAGCUUGGAACAGGGUGACCAAAAACGUCACCGGUCUCACUCCCUCUCUCUCUCUUACAGUGUGGCACUUUCCCGACCGACCGGCCGUUAAGGAGCAGCAGAUAUGUCGGACGUUGAAGAAGAGGUGGUAGAGGACGCCGCGCCAGAGGAGGAGGAGGAAGCACCUGCUGAAGAAGAAGCACCUGCUGAAGAAGAAGCCAUGGCGGACGAGGAAACCUACGAAGAGGAGGCCUACGAGGAGGAAGUCGCCGAGGUCGCUCCCGAGCCCGAGGCCCCCAAGCCCAAGCCACCGCCCGUGGCAGCGCCCAAGAUCCCCACGGGAGAGAAGGUCGACCUUGGUGCCAUCGCCGCCAAGCGCAAAGACAAAGACCAGCUGGAGCUGGAGUCCCUCAUCGAGAAGUGGUUCGAGAAGAGGACGAAGGAAGAUGCUGAGCUGGAGGAGAUGCGCCAGAUGAGGGAACAGCGCAAGGCGGAGAUGGCAGAGAAGGAGGAACUGAGGAAACAACAGGAGAAGGAGCGUAUCGAGGCUGAGAAGCAAAAGCUGAAACAGCAGCGAGAACAGGAGGAGGAGAGAAGGAAGCAGAUAGAACAGCGCAAGAGAAGGCUCGGCAACGCCAACCAGCAACUCGGUGGCUAUCUCAGAACUCUGGAGAAGAAGGGCCCAAGCAAGAGAGACAUGGCUGCCGAGAAGAAGCGCAAGACCGUCGAGCUGCGUGUCGGCAAGUUCAGCUCCGACGCCGUGUCAGAAUCCUACGCCGAUGAGCUGCACGAGAAGCUGCAGCACUCCGAGGAGGCACUCUACGACAUCAAGGACAAGGUCAAGAUCCAGAACCAAGACGUUGAACGCCUCAGGACAACUGUCAACGAGAGCAUGGGCAAGUUCUCCAAGCCCGGAGCCGUGUCCAGGGGCAAGGUCAGCGGCGGCAAGUGGGGCGGAAAGAAGUAAGCUAAGCCAAGUGGAUUGUGAACUGAUUUCCUCGCCUGGCUACCUUGCUGUCCGCCCCGCCCUGCACCGGAACGCCCUCCUCUCUCUAAUUGCUAGUCUCCUUUACUUCUUCAUGUACGUUUUGAUUACUGUAUUCGCCAAGAAUGUCCCGGAAGAGAUACACAUCGUCAUAUACUCUGUAAAGUCACCAUGAACUCGACAAAGAACAACAAAGAUGCUUGCAAAACUUCUGAACAAACUUCUGAACAACCCUUUUUCAAUGUUUUCAUGUAUUAGAACUCACUUGUUUGUCCACGUGUCAAUGGACGCAUGUAAAAAUGACAUUGAGCGUCGUGUCGUUGUUGUUUCAUGUAUGUUUUGUUUUGUUUUGGGGGGUGCGUAAUGAUAUUCACGAAAGCCACGUGCUUUUAAAUUAGAAGCACGUGACUUUCCCGUUGAGUACGCUCCUAGUCGUAAAGUUGCUGGCGUCUCGUGGUCAUAUGCUGUUGCUGUGUCUUUUUUUCCAUCUAAAUUUGUGCGUGCGACUUUGGCGGCCAUCUUUCCGCGAGACGCCCCAACUACUGUCCUGACCACAAAACUUUAACCUCGUGUUUAUAUGUCCGUUUGCUUUGAAAAAGAUAAAAAUGAAAAAAAGGCAACAUCUCUAUUCUUAGAUUCAACUGGCCGGUUCUCUUCUUCCAUCUGAGAUCCUUAUCCGGAGCUUUGAAUUUCAGACUAGGGCUGUCGAAUAAAAACAAGUUUACUACGUAAUCUGUGAUUAAGAGUUACAUUUGCAUUGUACAAUAAAUAAAAACCAAAAAAAUCUAAAAAGACCAAAUCUUUGCUUAUAUCAUCUUCUUUUUGCCGUUGUAACGAAAACCAAUGUCAUAUAUACAGAUUGCGCUGACUUUCUAUAGAAAGGACAUACUGCGCGUCGGAAUGUUACAUUGGCCAGGUAUACAAUAUAAUUGAGUGGGCAACAUUCAGAGGCCAAUGGGAAAUUAGAUAUAUAGCUUUAAUGCGUCGAUUAAGUUAUGUAGGCCAUUUUCUCCAAAAGAUUUACAAAUGUAAUAAUUAUUUCGUACGUAUCGAGGCCCUAAGAUACAAGGAAAAAACUCAUACUUUCCCCCCUAAAUAUUUGAAAGAAACAUUUAUCCAAAAUAUCUAAAUUGGAAAUACUCCACGGCCUUUAUUUAGUAUCUGGCGUUUUAUAGCGUUUACUUGGACAGAACCAUGUAACACUAAUCUAGGGGGGUGCAGGGUUAAAGGAGGUGCAGGGUUAUGUGACGGAAAGUAUCAGGAUUUUCUAUCCUGUCCAAAAUCGCUCGAAAACCAAAGGAAGACGGCUGGGUGUGCUAACCAGAAAAGAUGCUGGUAGAAGCAAUCGGAGAAAUUUGGAAACAGUCUGCGGGAAUUCGUUUGAACCCUGCACCUUCUUUAUAUUAGCUGAUGUUCAAAUCCAGCUCUGAGACACGGUAUGGACUCAAAUAAUCUGAAAAUGUUAUCAGAAGGUUCGAAAUAAAGUAAGAAUAUUUGGGGAUUAUACCCGUCGUC